GCCUUGCCAUCCGGUUUGGUGAACACGUAGUGGCUACUCUGCCUUGUAUUUACUAACAAAAUUACCUGUUCCUUAACCGUUCUUGCGAAUCAAUUAAGCCUUAAGCGUCAGUGCAAAUAGCUAAGUGUGCAAUUAGUAAUCAGCGGUCGAUAAACGGAAUUGGCUUCUAAGUACCGCGUAGAACGACAAACAGCUGGCGCAGACGGAGACACAUUCCAAUGCACUUUCUCCCAAAGAAAACCCGUCGAGCGGCUUAUUUGACAUCCAUUCCGAUAUCAAUACAGCAAUACAGAGAAAUAGAGAGAAAUAGCGAGAAAUAGAGGCCACAAGAGCACCUGUGUAGCGACAGCAGCAACAACAACAGCUAAAAGUUGAUUGCCAUCGUCUUGUCUUGGCCGUUUUAUUGGGCAUUAUAGCCGAGCAGUCACAUACCGCCCGUUCUCGAGUUCGCCACGAUUCUAAAGCGUUUUUGCGUUUGCGUUUGCAGAGCACUCCCAAGAAUUCGUAAUUUGCAUAUAUAGAACCGGAGAUAUAUGCAGAGAUUCUACCUGGGCGUAGCAUGUUCAACGAACUGAGUCAGCCGCCUUGAAAUUCAGCGCUAAAAUCGACUUCUUAGCGAAAACAGGAUGGCUUCGAUUGUAGAGAAAGUGCGUCGUGUUUUGGAUGCCAAAGAUCUGGGGGACAUCACUUCGGAGCUGUGUGACUUUUCGCUAAAAGAACAAAAUGCCACGGCAGAAGCUCAAGGAGUACAGCCCUCGUCCACGUCCGAUUUCGUUCCCGUUCUCGGCCAGACAGUCACCUAUAUUGUGGCCUGUGUGCUGAUCAACGAGCACGACGAACUGCUCAUGAUCGAGGAGGCCAAACAGAGCUGUGCAGGAAAGUGGUACUUACCCGCCGGCCGCAUGGAGCGCGGGGAAUCCAUUACGGAGGCAGCCGCCCGGGAAGUUUUUGAAGAGACCGGCCUUAAUGCCGAGUUGACGACUCUAUUGGCCGUGGAAGCAGCCGGUGGCUCUUGGUUCCGCUUUGUGCUCACGGGUCGCAUCACCGGAGGCCGACUUAAGACCCCAGCAGAUGCCGAUGCCGAAUCCAUCCAGGCCAAAUGGGUGCGCAGUCCCAAGGACGUGCCCCUCCGGGCCAACGAUAUACUCAACAUCAUUGAGAUUGGUCGAGCCUAUCACCAGGGACAGAAGAUUGCGAUUACCCCUUCGCCCUGGCAUGGAAAAAUACUGCCCACGCGCUUCUCCCACAAGCGAAACUAUCUGCGAGUUCUGGCAGUUGCUCGGAAACGUGCCCACAACUCCCUCAACAUUCUGGUGAGCGAAAAGAAUGCCCAUCACUUCCCGACGGUGGAACUGCAUCCGAAUCGCAGCCUGCACUCCACGUUGCGCAAGUUUAUGAUUGAGAUUUUUGGCGCCGAGCUGCCGCAACAUCGGCCGCAUGGCUUACUCAGUGUGGAACAUUCGCCUUCGGAGGAGUCUAACUCAGAUGGUAUAUGCCUGAAUCUGCUGGUGGCCUUCCGACCGCCACUCGAAGAAAUCUCGCUUAUUGGCAAGUGCAUUUGGCAGGAGCUGGGAGCACCGCUCGACGAAAUGUUAGGACGCAUUGUCAGCAGCAAGCAUGCCUCCAUUCCGCUGAACGUGGUGCGCUAAUUGCCUUACACUUAAAAACUAGAGUAAUCUGCCCCCAUUCAUGGUGCAAGCAAUCUAUUCGUUAUUAGCUGCAAUUAAAGACAACCCCUAACUGACUGUUA